AUGUUUGACAGCAAAGGGAAAGAAGUGAGACAAUGCAAGUUCCCCACAGGAGGAAAUUACACCAGCUCCAUCAGGCAAGGAUCUUUUGAGCUACAUGGAGACAGAGUCAUCACACUGGGCAUGAACAUGUAUGAUGUGAAAUAUCCUGAGAAAUCACAGAUGUGUACAGUUCCCUCUGUUAAGACAGACGACACGCCCGACCCGCUGGCCACAGAGGAGCUGAACCUGCUGGCUCGUCUGAUGGGCAGCAUGAAAACCCAGAUCGCUGCCAACACCGAACCUGGCUUUCGGCUCAAUCUGUUUAUGACAGACCUAGAACAGGAAGAGGCAGGAGCAUCAGGUGGACCUGGGGUGUCAGUAUUUGGAGUACUAAAUAUUCAAGCAAUCCAGGAUUUGCAGUCUGCUGCUGAGCUGGCUCACAUUGCUGGACAGUUUGCACAAGGGGAAAAGCAUCUCGAAAAUCAAGGCAGCAGCAAAGGUGACGAGCUGUUGGCUCUGAUGGACGACCUGUGAACCAUUUCAAACCGGGACCUGGAUCCACUUAUAUCUCCAUACCAGGACCUGCCCUAACAAAAGCAAACCCACCUUAUAAUCACGGAGAUCCUGAAGACAUUUUUAUGUCACCUGGACAGUGGAGGGUCUGUAGUUCCAGAUUCUUCACAAGGACAGUGUGAGUGAAUGGUUCAGGGUUGCAACUGUUCAAGGACUUGCUGAGUCCCCACCAUGGUC